AAAGUUUGAUAAACCCAAGUAGCAUUUCUUCCUUGUUUUCUGAUAGUGGAGAACAUUUGAAACCCCUUCCCUCACACAAUUACCAGCUGUUCCAAUUAGAUUAUAAGUGAACUUUUGCGCUAUAUUUCAGACAUGAACAUCUCACUUCAGGAACUUGUUCUUGGAAUGCCAAUCAGCUCAGCAGCCUACAGAGUGGAUAGGCCACAUAAGAGAUACUUGCCUGAUCCUGCUAGUCAAUACCAUAUUCCAUCACUCAAAAGUAGUGCAGAUUCAGUGCUUAAUAGGAAGAACAAGCUUAGUAAAAAGGGAAACAGUUUUGUGCAUGGAUUCCGAGAGCAUGUGAGACAUGGGCCCAAGAUCUCCGAAACUGUGAAAGGGAAGUUGAGCUUGGGGGCUAGAAUUCUUAAAGUAGGUGGUAUGGAUAGAGUCUUUAAGCGGUUCUUCAGUGUUAAAGAAGGAGAGAAAAUGUUGAAGGCUUCCCAAUGCUAUUUAUCAACCACUGCUGGUCCUAUUGCUGGCCUCCUCUUUAUCUCCACGGAAAAGGUUGCAUUCUGCAGUGAAAGAUCAAUGAAAAUCUCUUCUCCAGAUGGAGAGAUGAUAAGAAUCCAUUACAAGGUCUUGAUUCCACUGAGGAAGAUAGAGAGAGUUGAUCAAAGUGAGAAUGUCAAGAAGCCUUCGGAAAAGUACAUGGAAAUAGUUACAGUAGACAAUUUUGACUUUUGGUUUAUGGGUUUCUUAAAUUAUAAGAAAGCUUUCAAGCAUCUGCAGGAAGCAAUUUCACAAGCUAAUUAAGAGGAUCAAUUAACUAGUCACUCGAGAAGCAGAAAUGUUCAUUCCCAUCUGCUUCAGAGAUAUAUAUUUAUGUACAGUUAGGAAAACUUCAAAUGAAAUUUCGGGCAUUGUUUUAAAUUUUGUGGUGAUAAAAUGCUGAUCUCUGACUCUUCACAACCAUCGGCUUAACAUUAAUUAAGAGACAAAAAUCAGA